UAAAUUUUAUUCAGAACAUUUACCUUACACAGGUAUUUCCCCGGGAAGCAGUAUAAAAGCUGGACAUUUUCCUCAGACGAUUCAUUGGCAUGGGAGGACUUUUAAUUUCCGGGGUGAUGAGAAUCCCCUUUCUCUUGUUGCUGUUGCUGAUUUCGGGAAGUAACGUAAACCAUAGGGUCUGCCACAAGAAAUGACAAAACCAGGGGCGACAUCAGCCGGGCCAUCAGCAAUCCAGCAAAGGAUGGCCAAGCGCAGGGAAUUCUUGGGGCAGAAACAAGAACAAAGGAAGGGUUACCAGCGCUCUCGAAUGGAAGGGUCCAAUCUAGGUUGGAAGGUGGCGUUUUGGAGACGAACAGCAGCACCCUGGCACCUUACCUUGCAAUCAUUAUUGUAGCGUUUUACGAUGACACCGUAGAGGGCAUGCCUGGACUCCUAAUUUCAAAGAGACAUGUCCUGUGUACCGUCGAGGCUCUCCUAGGAAGGAAAUGGACCGGCCAAGGCAAUGCAUUGAAGGACAUAUAUGCAUUAAAUGGAUUAUUUGCUCCAAACACAGCUGAUGAGCAGUUUAUCACUGGCCUUUCAUCUUCGAACAUCAUUCUUCACCCGAAUUAUAAUUCGUCUGGAAAGGUGAUUCCUGAUGAUGACUCGGUGAAACGGGAGGUAGCCAUUGUGCAGCUGCCCUCAGAUGUCAAAAACACCCCUCUUCCUAUUCAAUGCACCCCUGGAGUUAGCAUCGGGACUGAGGUUGCAGUCUUUGAUUGGGUUAAAUCUGGCCAGGGAGAUAAUAUCUUGAUUAGAGCACAGUACCUUCGUGUGCAGUGUCCCUCAGCUUUAUUCAGCAAGGAUUCCACAAACUGUUUCCAGCUGUCCAACAGAAGCGCUUUUGAUGUGAAUGACAGGGGAAAUCUUGGAUCACCAGUCGUUCUCAAUUAUGGACAAGCGAAUGCCACAGCUGUGGCAAUCAAAGCAUACACUUUCAAUGUGACUGCAACAGAAACGAUGAUGGCAGCUGCAAGCUUUAGUGACCCUGAAGUUUGGAGCUUUAGCUCGUGUACUUCCCUCAAUCAG